UCCAUGCUUCUCGAUUUCCACACUCAGUCUGCAUCUUCUGCCUUUGCGCGGCGCUUCAUCCGCUCUCAGUGUGCAUAAAUGUCACAUUUCCGCGUGUACCUUGCCCAAUUUCAAACCACGAAAAAAAUCACUACACGCACCCCUUAAAUAAAAGUGUUCGAAAAAUCACCCCCCUUAUCGACUUUGUUCGUGAAUAAUUUUCUGCUUGUGUUUUGACAGUGUACUUUUUUCGAAUUUUGGUGCCGGAUUAUGCUGUGACUUUUAUUGUGUGAACUCGUUGAUAAAGCGUAACAGUGGACAUGUACGCUUAUGCAGGGGGUGGCCCCCCUCAUUAUGCACCGCCCCCAACUUACUUGCAGCCCCAAUCAAGUCAUCAUGUGGUACAACCGCCUGUGGGUACUCUUGUGCCAGAGGUUCCCAGCGGUUCUCACUACACUAAAAGAAGGAGAUCAGAUGAGGACGACCCAAGUGGCGCCAAAUACGCAAGAAUGGAGGAGGACCAAAUACAGGAUAAAGAACGUUUCGCAAGUAGGGAGAAUCAUUGCGAAAUUGAAAGAAGGCGCCGAAAUAAGAUGACAGCUUACAUAACGGAGCUGUCAGACAUGGUGCCGACAUGCAGUGCCCUUGCAAGGAAACCGGACAAGCUCACAAUACUCCGGAUGGCUGUGGCCCAUAUGAAGGCACUACGUGGUACAGGCAAUACAAGUACAGAUGGGACGUACAAACCCUCAUUUCUAACUGAUCAGGAAUUGAAACAUCUCAUCUUAGAAGCAGCAGAUGGUUUCCUAUUUGUUGUUACAUGUGAUACGGGUAGAGUAAUAUAUGUGUCGGACUCAGUAGCUCCUGUACUGAAUCACUUGCAAAGUGAUUGGUACGGAUCAUGUAUUUACGACAAUCUUCAUCCUGAGGAUGUGGAAAAAGUGAGGGAACAGCUAUCAACGCAAGAGCCACAGAACACUGGCAGAAUAUUGGACCUGAAAACCGGUACUGUCAAAAAAGAAGGACAUCAGUCAUCCAUGAGGUUGUGUAUGGGACCUAGAAGAGGGUUCAUCUGCAGGAUGAAAGUUGGUAAUUUAGCACCCGAAAGCAUGGCUAUAGGUCAUUUGAACAGGCUGAAGCAAAGGAAUAGCUUGGGUCCUGGUCGAGAUGGACAGAACUACGCUGUGGUACAUUGCACGGGCUAUAUCAAGAAUUGGCCUCCAACCGAUAUGUUCCCAGGUGUACAGUUAGACAGACAAACGGAAGAUGAAAUCCAUUCCUCUCAUUGUUGUCUCGUUGCUAUUGGAAGGCUUCAAGUGACUUCAACACCAAAUACAAGUGACCUGUCUGGUUCAAGUAGUACAGCAGAAUUCAUCUCCCGCCACUCGAUAGAUGGAAAAUUCACAUUUGUUGAUCAGAGAGUUAUUGGACUUCUUGGUUACUCUCCACCUGAACUUCUCGGAAAAAGCUGUUUCGACUUUUAUCACCAUGAAGAUCAGACGCAUAUGAAAGACAGUUUCGAACAAGUGUUGAAAUUGAAGGGACAAGUUUUGUCUGUGAUGUACAGGUUCAGAGCUAAAAACAGAGAGUGGGUUUGGCUUCGUACCAGUGCAUUUGCGUUCCUUAACCCAUAUACAGAUGACGUAGAGUAUAUAGUGUGUACCAACACAACAGCUAAGGCCCUUCAUCCAGGUGCUGAAACUACAGAAAAUCCAGAACAGGUAGCUUAUCAACAACCUGGGCUUGAUUAUAGUCAGAGAAGGGAUCCUGGAAUCUAUUCCCAUAUGCUCCCAACGACCCAUAUCCAAACUGACUACCAGAGUCCAAAUUACGCUCCACAACCUCCGCAACGUCCUGAUGGUGUUCUUGUGUCCGAGCCACCACAAUCAGCUCGACCGGCAAGUGGACAACCAGUUUACACUGGUUAUGAACCCACCUACACCCAGCUUAGUGGAGGUGGUAGGCAAGCUGCACCACCACAUGCACCUUACCAGUGGACCACUUGGCAAAAUGCUGGACAGAACCCAGAUCCUUCGGGACCAACUCCUGGUGGAUCGGGUGCACCUCCACCACCUCAGCACGAAUUAUCCGACAUGUUGCAAAUGUUGGAUCAGAGUGGUGCUACUUCCUUCGAAGAUUUGAAUAUGUUCAACAGCACAUUCGAGUGAAACCAAUAGAUAGGAAUAGAUUUGUCACAGUUUUGAAUUCAUCGAUUUUUCUUUGGAAUUAUAUGAGUGGAAAAAUUGAAAAUAUUAUUUCGACUGUUAUAUUUAACGAGUCGAAUCAUUUUUUUAAACACUAGUCUGUAUAAUUUUAGUACAAAUUCUAUAUUCAAAUAAUUUUUGUUCAUUUUAUAUUCUGAUUGAUAUUAUUACUUAUUAAUUGAAAUCUUAAUUUAUUUGGGAAAUUUUAUUGUAUUCUUAUUCAAUUUUUCGACUUUUAUAUAUACAUAUGAUGAUAAUGAUAAUCUAUUAAUUAAUGCUCAAUUUUGGGGUUUUCAUCGAUCUUUUGAUUGUGAAAACUUGUUUUUUAUGAGUUCAAAACAACACAUUUUUUCUUUGAUAUCUCACUUGCACUUGCUUUUACUCAACUGUUGAGUAGAACUUGAGGUUGUACACUUUUUCAACUUAUUGCUAAAUAUUCAAGUCGAUGAUAUGUGGCAUGUUUAAUUAUUUUAUAUAUAUAAUUUUGAUCAUUUAUGCUAUUGAUAUAUAUAUUUAAUUCUUUUACACUGAUGAUAGAAGCAGAGAUGAAUAUUUUACAAUUUAUUUUUUUAUCAUUUUAGAUUGUGAUUAUCCUUGUGUACAAAUUAUAUUUUGAAUGAUUUUUAUGCAAUCAAUACGAAUUGCAAUCUAACACUUUUUUUGUAUAUAGUCAAUGAAUAAUUUAUUAAUUGUGUGAAUGGGAUCAUCGAUUAAGAGAUAUUUAGGGAGAAUUUUAUGUAAUUUUAUCUUAAUACUUUAGUGUUGUGGAAGUAUCGACUGUUGAUGAAUAUUUUAUAAAUCCGUGUUUUGGCCAAAUUUUUUUGUUUAUAAUAAUACUGUAGAAAAAAUUAAAUAAGCGAUACGUGCUUCCUUGAAUUGAAUUAUUGUGCAAAUCAUAAUAUGCAACAAUAGAUGGAAAGAAUCAGUGAAUAUCGAAUUUUUUUAGUAUUUCUCAUGAUAUUUUUCUAAUUAAGUUUUUAGACGAUGACCGAUAUGAAAACAACAACAAAAACAAAUAUUUCACCUAUCGUCACAUCUUUCUUCACUGCAACAAGUAACAACAUUCAAAGAUGAGUCGAUACUUUCAAGAGAUGAGGAAAAAUUCAAUGAUUUUUUUUAAAUGUCCUUGGUGAGAAUUCAUAGGUUAGAGAAUUGUGUAUAAAAUAUGAAUAAAUUAACUAAUACAGGUGACAAAUUUCUUUUUUAUGAUGAGACUCGGUUCGAAUUUUUCACUUGUAUUAAUAAUUAGGACACUCAGCGUAUAUAUAUACUAAGCGAUCUGUAUAAAAUUGAUAUUUUCAACCAUGUACAAAAUGAUGUAAUAAAAUAAUCACGAAAAUAAAAAAGUCAAUGUAG